AUGCCGGCGUACCAUUCAAAAAUCGAACCGGAACUGUUGAUUGCGAAUAUGGCGCUACUGCCAUUACGGACGAAUUUCAAAGGACCGGCACCACGUACGCAUUUCUUUUUUGAUGCGCCCUUACUAGUU